AGGCAAUUGAGGCACUUUCGCAGCGCAAGAUGGGGACUUGGCCGCGGAUGAGACUGAACCUCCCAGCAUGCUUUGCAGCGCGGCCGGGAGGCCCGACGUCUAGUGAUGGGGAACCCCUGGUGCUUUACGCCGCCAAAUCGGCUGUAGAGGUUGGAGCUGAUCCCGAGGCCUGGGAAUCGGACGCCUGCAGAGGGGAAAGAUGGAAGCGUGGCGCUGUAUACCCCAUGUUACCCCAUCACCAGAAGAGUCUGGGCAGAGACUGGACCACACCGUGGGAGAAUCUGCAGAGGUGUUGCUGGAACAGACAUAUUUCUAGUUGUAUGAGGUGGCCUGGACAUUAUUCUCGUGCUCCUUACCCGUACUUCAGUAGUAGGCAUUUUUCGCUAAAUUGGAGACCACCUUGUUUGUUUGAGUCUAGAACUCAGUUUCAGUCCUGGAACUGGAGACCUGACAACCUGAGCCAGACGUCUUUGAUUCAUCUCUCUAGUUACAUCAUGAACUCUGAGGGAGAUGAGCCUUCAUCAAAACGGAGAAAACACCAAGGCACAAUAAAACGGCAUUGGGAAUAUAUGUGUAAUCAUAAUAAAGAAAAAACGAAGAUCCUAGGAGAAAAAAAUGGUGAUCCUGUGUGUGACAACAGUGAAAACAAGUUUGACUUUUCAGUGAUGUCCUAUAAUAUACUUUCACAAGAUUUAUUGGAAGACAAUUCACACCUUUAUAGACACUGCCGGCAGCCAGUAUUACACUGGAGUUUUAGGUUUCCCAAUAUUCUGAAAGAAAUUGAACACUUUGAUGCAGAUGUACUUUGUUUGCAAGAAGUUCAAGAAGAUCAUUAUGGAACAGAAAUCAGGCCAAGUUUGGAAUCAUUGGGCUAUCACUGUGAAUACAAGAUGCGGACAGGAAAGAAACCUGAUGGCUGUGCCAUUUGCUUCAAACAUUCCAAAUUUUCGCUCUUAUCCGUGAACCCAGUGGAAUUCUUCCGCCCUAAUGUUCCUCUGUUGGACAGAGACAAUGUUGGAUUAGUGUUACUCUUGCAGCCCAAAAGUCCCAGUGCUGCUUCUCCCGCAAUCUGUGUAGCUAACACACAUCUGCUGUAUAAUCCGAGGCGAGGUGAUAUUAAGCUGACUCAGUUGGCAAUGCUUCUGGCAGAGAUUUCCAGUGUUGCCCAUCAGAAAGAUGGCAGCUUCUGCCCCAUUGUUAUAUGUGGUGACUUUAAUUCUGUUCCCGGUUCUCCACUCUAUAGUUUUAUAAAGGAAGGAAAAUUGAAUUAUGAAGGACUUGCCAUAGGAAAGGUAUCUGGCCAGGAACAGUCUUCACGGGGACAAAGAAUUUUAUCUAUUCCAAUUUGGCCCCCAAACCUAGGUAUCUCACAGAACUGUGUGUAUGAGGUACAACAGGUACCCAAAGUAGAAAAGACAGGCAGUGAUCUGACACAGACACAGGUGGACAAAGCAGAGGUCCUAGUAACAGAUGAAAAAUUAUCUUCAAAUUUACAGCACCAUUUUAGCUUGUCAUCUGUUUAUUCACAUUACUUUCCUGAGACUGGAAUUCCAGAAGUGACCACUUGUCAUUCCCGAAGUGCCAUCACUGUGGAUUAUAUUUUUUAUUCUGCAGAAAAGGAAGGUGUUGCUGGGCAGCAAGGAGCUGGAGUUGCGCUGGUUGGUGGUUUGAAACUUCUAGCUAGACUGUCACUUCUCACAGAACAAGACUUAUGGACUGUUAAUGGACUUCCAAAUGAAAAUAACUCUUCUGAUCAUCUGCCUUUACUGGCUAAGUUCAGACUUGACCUCUGACUCUUCUUUGAUGAUGUAUAUACUUUGCUUUCUCAUUUUUAUUCUUUUUCAAAUGAUGUAAAGUUGUUCUUAAGAGUUUGCAUGUUAUUUAUUUUUACGCUGUGGAAUUUCUGAAGAGGUUAUGUUAAAUGCUUGAGACAGCCGAAGAGACAAGUUUACAACAAUUUUCUUUUUUAAUAAUGAAAAAAAUAUUUUCCUGACAAGUGAGAUCUAAAUGUUCUUGAUUGUAAAAGAAUUGUAAAUAUUCUAAACUCCAGUAAAACUGACAGUGAUUUUUAAAAACA